AUGGCCAACAUAUACAAUAGCCAGCUCGAUGCUUUUACCCUCUACCACAAGAACCAAGAGAAUUCCUCUUCAACCUUCAAUGGACCAGCUCUCCCUGCCCUUGGACACGCCUUGGCAGGUUCAACAGGAGCUGCCAUUUCCAAUCUUGCCAUCUACCCUCUCGACCUCAUCAUAACCCGUCUGCAAGUCCAAAGACAGCUUCGAAAGUCAUCAUCUUUUCCAGAAGAAGGCGAAUACGAGGGCGUGCUCGAUGCCUUUUCCCAAAUCUAUAACAAAGAAGGCGGACUGUCUGCUUUCUAUACGGGAGUUUUGCAAGAUACUGGGAAAUCUAUCGUGGACUCGUUUCUAUUCUUCCUUCUCUACAAUUACCUACGCACGAACAGACUUCAGAAGAAUGGAACCAAUACCACGACUUUGCCGGUGCUGGAUGAAUUGACAGUAGGAGCACUAGCAGGAGCAUGUUCCAAGUUCUUCACAACCCCAAUAUCCAACAUCGUCACCCGCAAACAAACAGCCUCGAUGCUCUCUGCCCGCAACAGCUAUCCCUUCGCUGAGCCCUCAGUAUCUGACAUCGUCAAAUCAAUCAGAGCCGAGAAGGGCAUCCAAGGCUUCUGGUCCGGUUACUCAGCUUCCCUGAUCUUGACUCUGAAUCCGAGCAUAACUUUUUUCCUUUACGAAUUCUUCAAAAGGAGCCUAGUGCCGAGAACACAACGCGAUGAUCCUGGAGCGAAAAUCACAUUUUUGAUGGCAGCAAUCAGUAAAUCCAUCGCCUCAACCAUCACGUACCCGUUCUCCCUUGCCAAAUCACGAGCUCAGACAUCGUCUUCACCGCCCGUGAACGUCGACUCAGCUAGGGAACUCAAGAAAGAUGUCUAUGUUCUUUCCAAUACUAGCGAUGCCAAGAAAGCCGGUUCCGACGCUGAGAAAAUUGCUAGAAGCUCUACAGUUUUCUCAACGAUCUUAAAUAUCUACCGUACGGAAGGUGCAGCCGCAUUAUAUGAAGGCAUCCUCGGCGAGAUACUCAAAGGGUUCUUCAGUCAUGGUAUUACCAUGCUUGUCAAAGAAAGUGUUCAUAAACUUAUCAUUCAGACAUAUUACAUGAUUCUCAAGGCGUUAGACAAGUAUCCUUCUCCUGCUCAGAUUGCGGAUCAGACGGGUGUAGCGGUUAGUGAGGGUUAUGGAGUUGUUGUGCAGAAGGUGGGGAGUGUGGUUGAAUCUGGGAAAGGUGUUGCUGGGGAUGCGGUCGAGAGAGCUGGUGUGAUCGGCAACAAUGCUACGGAAGCCGCCAAGACGGCGGGGUCUGCGGGUAAAGAUGUCAUCGCAAACACUGCGGAGAAGGUUGGUGUUGUGGGGAAUAAGGCCAGUGAUCCUGGGAUGUCGGGGGAGGAACUUGUGAGCAAAGACGCUGGGCAUUUGUUGGGGAACGCACAGGAUCAGUUGGGUGAUAAGCUUGUAGGGGGAGGAAAUGGAUUGAAGCCUGAGAAGGAGUAA